UAAAAUUAUAAGGAUUCCAAACAAACACCCCCUUAACCAGCUUCGCGCCCCCAGAACCCCCUGGUCGCCGACCGCGGCAUCGAGUUUCAUGGAGAGUUUUAUCUCCGUGAAAGAGGAAAUAUUUAUGCAGCAAUACUUUCAUCAUGUAUGUUAUCGUGGUUGUUUAAUUCCGAUGAAAAGAGUCAGGAAGAAUAUCACUGGAGGCCAACAGAUUGAAAUGAAGAAGAGAAACGUUCAGCAGAAUCAUUGCAGUAAACUGAAGUUGUACUUUUAUCGUUUGCUUCUUCAUUAUUCAAUUUGGAUGGAGAAGACGGACAGGAGGAGGAGAAUUAAAAAAAUAAAGAGCAAUCCUAUUCUAAGCGAAGACAUUAUAUCCAGUGAGAUACUCCCUAGGCUCCCUGCAAAAGAUGUGCUCAGGUGGAGGUCUGUGUCCAAAUCUUGGAACGCUGUCAUACCGAAUCCUUUCCUUGCCCGCCUACACUUGGUUCGUGCGAGGAAAAGACUGCCGAAACUAAUGUUCAUAACUAUUGAUGGCUUGCGUCGUGGAAUGAGCUUGUAUGCCUACGACCUCAGUAGUAGUAGCAAAAGACACGGAGCUAGUCUUUUGUUUAAUCAUCUGUUAUGCAAAACUGAACGGAGCUUAUUCCGGCCACAACAUUGCAAUGGUUUGGUCCUGCUCUCUUUCGCCACUGGUCCGUUUUUUGUCUGCAAACCUGCUACUCAAGAGUUGGUUAUCCUUCCAAAACGACACUCUCUGUCUUUCUGUUUUGUAGAGAAUUUCGGUGCUGGUUUCAGUUUCAUUCCGAGUAAAUAAUGCCUACAAAGUGGUUAGAUAUUUCCUUGGUUUCGGUGGCUUGCGCUUCGAAGUAUUUACUCUGGGCUCAGACUCUUCGUGGCGAGUUAUCUCAGAUAU